AUGCCACACACCUCCCGCAAAAAGAAGCCCACCACCAGCACCAGCACCGGCCCCACCAAACGAACCACAAUCACCGACGCGACCGGCUGGACGCACGUCACGACGACAGGCAACGCCCACCGCGCGCAUCGCCAACACCGUCCACAAUCCCACCCACACCCACAACCACAACAACAAGAACUACUCACCCCGGCCGAAGCCCCCAAAUCCCUCACCCUCCCCUCCCUCCUCACGCAAUACCACACCCACCGGACCAAAUGGACCGCCUCCACCACCGCCGCGACGCUGACCGCGACGAGAACAGAACAAGGAGCGCAAUCCACCACCCCCACCACCCCAAGAAUAACCAAUAUAAUCUGCAUCGGCCUCGGCAGUCCGAGCGGCUUCCUGCGCGGGGGAUGGGUGGAUCGUCGCAGCGUCUCGCUCUACCAGCUCAAUGCGUUGAUGAGUGUGGUGGAGUGUUUGACUGCGAAUCAAAAAACAUCCACAGUCCGAAUCUACGCCCAAGAUCCCGUCUUCAACGCGCUCGAUCGCCAACUCCUUGCCGCCCUGGGGAUCACCGUCGUGGAGCAUCCGGACGGGUUCGGGAAGGUCAACUCAAAUUCGCUGCUGUUCUGUCCCGGGGCGGAGAAGGCGCAUCUCGAGGUGCUGCUGGCGCGGAAUCCGGCGGGGGUGGUUGGUGGGCCCUUGGAGGAUACGGGCUCCGACGGGAUCGAGCGGUUCGUGGCGCGGACCGGGUCGGUGCGGUUGCCGCGGUUUGAGGAGCUGAAGGAGGCGUUUUGGGAGAUGCGAGUCUAUCAUUAUACCCAGCCGGUCGAGGAAGAAAACCGCGAAGACUGAUGGGUGAGAAAGGAGUAGUGUGGAAUACCAAACCAGGAUUACAUCUGGAGGGCACAACUCAAUCAGGGCACGAGGACAGGCAAGUCUCCAGCAAACGCAAGUAUAGAUGAUAUUUGCAAGUAACUGUCGGUGGCUUAAGACCAUCACUAUCAACAAACUAUAUACAGACACCCUCAACAAUCAUCCUAGCUUGGCACGGGAGGUAACAUGAACAGCCCCCCCCACCCAAACAGUCGAGGACAACACCGCCACCGUCACAUCUGUGCAAAGAGAUAAACAGGAAGCGCAAAACACCGCAAAGAGAUUCAGAACAAGCCAUUAGUCCGUGCAUCGUUAAAACAUGGUGUAUGUCGG